AACUCCAGCAGCGCUGUUAGCUGGUAAACCUAAAUACGCUGGUCAUGUUAGCUACAGGGUGUCUUUUGUGAGUCAGGCCUCUUAAUUCAGGCGGUUUUUCAUAAACAAGUGCGCACGAGUUUAUAUUACGCUUAAUUAAUGUAAGUAAGACCGUCUCUUUCUCAGUCUGUACUAUAAAACUGCAGUAGGUGGGCUAUUUGGAGCCUGGCUAAUGUUAUUAGCCGUGCUAGCACAGCAGCAGCUCUCCCUACUUUAGCCACAGUAGUUAUAUAGUUAUUUAAUAACCUUUAAUUUCUCAGUAUUAACAGCGUGUAACUUGUAUGUGGCUCACACACUCCAGCCAGGUGGUCCAGGUGGUCCAGUUGGCACAGCUCGCACCAAAACAACCAGGGGUCCAAGUGUGAUGUCUGAUGAGCCGCAGCCAUGGCAACAGAAGAAAAGAAGCCAGACAGCGCAACAAAUAAAACUCAUUCAUCAUCAGCACCAGCCACAAAGCCUGCUCCAGUGAAGCCAAACUACACACUGAAGUUCACGCUUGCGGGGCACACUAAAGCAAUAUCGUCUGUCAAAUUUAGCCCGAAUGGUGAAUGGCUGGCCAGCUCAUCGGCUGACAAGCUAAUCAAGAUAUGGGGUUCAUUUGAUGGAAAAUUUGAGAAGUCUCUCUCUGGACACAAACUUGGGAUAUCAGAUGUGGCCUGGUCCCCAGACUCGAAUCUUUUGGUGUCUGCAUCAGAUGACAAGACUCUGAAAAUUUGGGACAUGGGCUCAGGUAAAUGCCUGAAGACACUGAAAGGCCACAGCAACUAUGUGUUCUGUUGUAAUUUCAACCCUCAGUCUAAUCUGGUGGUGUCUGGAUCGUUUGAUGAAAGUGUGCGGAUUUGGGAUGUCAAGACUGGCAAGUGUCUGAAAACCCUCCCAGCCCACUCUGAUCCUGUCUCUGCUGUUCACUUCAAUAGAGAUGGCUCUCUAAUUGUGUCCAGUAGCUAUGAUGGACUCUGCCGAAUGUGGGACUCAACAUCUGGACAGUGUCUGAAGACUCUUAUUGAUGAUGAUAACCCCCCGGUGUCAUUUGUCAAGUUUUCCCCCAAUGGGAAAUACAUACUGGCCGCUACGCUGGACAACACUCUGAAGCUUUGGGACUACAGUAAAGGGAAGUGUCUAAAGACUUACACUGGACAUAAGAAUGAGAAGUACUGUGUCUUUGCCAAUUUCUCUGUCACUGGAGGAAAGUGGAUCGUCUCAGGCUCUGAAGACCACAUGGUGUACAUCUGGAACCUGCAGACCAAGGAGAUUGUCCAGAAAUUACAGGGACAUGCAGAUGUGGUGAUCGCGACAGCUUGCCAUCCCUCUGAGAACAUCAUAGCGUCUGCAGCUCUGGAGAACGACAAGACCAUCAAACUGUGGAAGAGCGACUGCUGAAGCAGAGGAGUGCGUGAUAGACUCUUCACCAGAGACGUCUGGGAGACGUCUGAGGAGCUGUGAGGAGUUAUGAAGAGUUGUGUUAGUGUAUGCUGUUAUUGUUUGAGAAGCUUUAGAGAGCUGAAUUCUGCAGGGUUAACUGAGAGAUGGGCUGGCCCAGUCUGCUCAGCGUAGCUGACAAUCUCCCCACUGCACUGUUCCCUCUUUAUAUGUUAUUUUUCUACUGUAAAUAUUCUUUACAGUCUUUAAUUUCGCUAUUACUGUUGGUAUCAGUGAUGAGUGAGGUACCAAAUCAGGGUUGAGAAGCCUUCUGCUCUUUCUGCUACUGAUAUUAACUUUCUAUGAACUGAACUGGAUUUAGUGCUCUAUUAUGUUAUGUUUGUGCUGCAGUACUGAACCCUGAAUUAUGUACAACCCUUAAAUCAGAAAGAAAAGGCUGGGACAGUAUGGGAACUGCAGUAUGUAAUAAAUGAUUGAAGCAAGGUCUGUCACAAUAAUAACAUUAUCUUAUUAACUUAUUGUGCAAUAAGUAGACAUGACCUCAAUUAUAUUUGGUGAUAUAAUGGUGAUAUCGUCUCAUAUAUAUAUAUAUAUAUAUAGUCAUGCAUUAACAGACCAAUGCUUUAAUAACUGACUGCGACUUCAUACACACAGUGUAUUUUGUAGUAGGUGAAGAAAAAAUGAUUUAUUUCCAAAACCUUUCAUUUAUGAUCAUUUCAAUUUUGUUGUCUUUAAAGGAGUGUGAUUUGAUUUGUAAUGCUUUUCUUUUAUCAAUAUGUUAGUGGCAUUAAAUGGUCUUAAAAUGACAAUAAUAUUAUUUAUUGCGAUAAUUUCUGAGACGCUAUAUCAUCCACCAAAAAAAUAAUUAAAAUCUUAUUGUGGCUGGCCUAGUGUACAGCGUUAUGUACUGUACAUUUACUUUGACUUUUAUUUUGAUUGCAGACAACCUUCUUAACCCGAGAUAUUUUAUGCUGAUUUCAUUUGUUAAUAUACAUCCAAUCCUGCAAUAAUUUCAUUGCUGCAAAACAUCCCAAAAAAAUUGAGACUGUAAAUCAUUUACUUUAUUAUGUUUUGUAAUGUUGUCACUCCUUAAAGACGCUUUCGCAUUGAGAAUUCCAGGUGGUAGUGUUUUCUGGUGUUAUUUUGCAGCCAUGCCUCUAUAAUGUGUGCAGUGUGUGAUUUGGAAUUGUCCUGUUAAAAGAAAGGCCUGGACAUCCUUGGUAACGAGUCGUGUUCAAGGCAGCGUAUGUUACUCUUAGGGCCUUUUUUUUACACCGGCACUUUUUGGUCCGCUUAAAACGGACUCUGAUUUGUUUGUACCCUUAGUGUGGUUUGAUUGAGCAGGAAAUCAGACCCAGCUAUUAAAUAUACUCCUUUUAUUUGAGCUAAACUGCUGAUAAUUUAUGAUAAUGAUAUUUAUAAUUAUAAUUAUAAUAUACUGGGAUAAUUAUAAUUAGCCCAGCUAUAAACAAACGCUGCUCCAUGCUGUUGACUAUGCAUGGUAUGUGCAGCGCUCACUGCUCACAGCCGCACGACUCUGCUCACUACAUGUACAUCUGUACUGUUUCAGCAUUCUGUGUUAAAGCAGCUUUAAGAUGAACAAAUAUACACGCUGGAGCACAGAAUCUCCUUGUUUGAUUUACUUUCUUGCUCACACAGCAGACAACUCUGACCAAUCAGAGGAGACAAUGUGAUAUCAACUGAUUUGGACCAUAAAAACCAACUGUAGGUGUGAAGAUGCUCUAAUAUCUCAAUGAACUGUUCAGACACACACCCACACCAUGACAGAGGCUGGCUUUUAGACUUGCUGCUGUUGCUCCUUUAGUCUGGAGUUUAUUAUAACAUCCGUUUCUUUCAACAACAACAAAAAAAAAGACCUGUAAUACUAACUGGUCUGACCACAAUAGACGUUUUCACUGCGUGAUGGUCCAUUCUAAAUGUGUCCCAGAGAGCCCAGAGAAGCCGACACCACUUCUGGACAUAGUUAACAGGCUUCUGUUGUGUCUAAAAUCUUUCUUUAGUUCUUUAUUUACUUGAUUAUACUUCUUAACUAGCCUUAAAUUCUUCAUGUCCUGAUGUUUUUUUGCUAUUUUGAAUUGAGUUUAAAAGGACUGAAAUGCAAUUAUGGAUGUAUAUUAAGAAAUAUAAUUGAAAAUCAAAAUUUGAGCAAACUAGGGUUUGUAAAAUGUGAAAUAUCUUCGGUUUAUCAUGUCUGCAGUCAAAUAAAAGUCUAAUUAAAUUUAAGAAACACUGUGUUAUAUUAUAUUUGCACGUUUCAUACUGUCCCAACAUUUCCUAAUUUGGGGUUGUAGCAGAAGUAACUGUGGAGAAUUGAGACCUUUGAGACUUUUUUUGAGUUUGUAUCUUUGUUGAAAAGAUGGGUUUGGAAAACAUUUAGGUUGGAAUAGGUUCAACAUGAGAGCCAGGAUUAUUAUUAUAUUAUUAUUAUUUUAUCCUCCUCUCAGAUCUUUAGUAAUGAAAAGCCAAAUAUGGAAUUAAUGAACUGUUCUGUUGUUCUAUUAUGCUUUUGUAGGGCGCAGUGUACCCUAUGUCUUUUCUACUUUCAGGACUUGUGCUUUUGUAAGCCUUAUGCACUUACCAAAUAUGACUAGGAAACUAAUAGCACCUUAGUUUGGAUAUUAUUGAGACCAGAUUAAUUUCAAAGUUUUGAUUUGUACCUUGUUAUUUGAGUUUUUCGCUUCAAAUAUUAAUUGUGUGUGGGAAGCUAUGAAAUAAUAGCUGCUUUAUUUAUAAGAGUAUAAGUAUAUUACAGUGAACUGUCUUUAUGUGAAUAUAUUAUUAUGUAAUAAGACACAGUCAUGUCAGAAUAUAAUGACCACCUCCUUGUUUCUGUUUUCAUUUAAUGUCAUUAUUAUAUCAGCUCCAUUGAUCAUCAAAAAGCACUAUGUAGUUCUGUAAUUACACACUGUAGUACUUCUGUUUCUUUAGUGGUCAGGACCCUUCAGGACCACCACAGAGCCGCUAUUAUUGGGUGGUGGAUCAAACUAGUCAUAAUUCUGAGAUGUUAAGUAAUAGUAUCUCAUAAUUAUGACUCACUAUAUUAUAAUUAUGUGUGAAGAUACAGUAUUGUGCAAAUGUUUUAGGCACCUGUGGGAAUUCCAGUAAUAAAAAAGUUCCUUAUCUGUGAAGUAAGAGUUUAAUAGAAUUACAAUAAAUAAAAACAGCAAUUUUACAAAAAGCUUUUUUUUUUACAUCAUUGUUUUCCUUUAAACAUCUCCUAAUCUGUCCUUAUUUAAGUUUAAUAGAGUUAUUUCUACUUCUCAUCAUAUCAAGUGGUUUGGUAAAUGUGGUAAAUCAGGUGAGCUGCUGACGGAACUGAACAUAUAGUUACACAUGCUGGCUGAGGAGCAUCCAGGAGAAACCUGGAACUACAGUUUGUUCUUCAGCUUGGCUCACAGGAUAUAACAUACUUAGUUAAAAAAGAGAAUUUCUUGUUACGUUUUACUGUAUGUACAGUAUGUUUAUUUGCAUCUGGUCAAAUCAUAUGUGGUGCUUUUUUUUUAGGUAUUAUUGCUGAGAUAAAUGGAUUAGUGAAAUUUGCUGGUGCCUAAAACUUUUUGCACAGUAAUGUAUCUGUAGAAACAAGGAAGUGGUCACUAAUAUUCUGAUAUGACUGUAUGUAUUGUGAAACUAAUCAUAUAGAACUCAUAUAUUGAAGACGACACUGUGCAGAAUUGAGAAUUAUUUAAUAAUAGUCCUUUUGAACAAUAAACAUUGUAUGAUAGGACAACACACAA